AUGCCGGCCGCUCACGAUUCCACCGCUCUCAAGGGCCGCCUGUUGCUCGUGUCCAAUCGCCUGCCCAUCACCGUGAAGCGCUCCGAGGACGGUCACUACGACUUCACCAUGUCCUCGGGUGGCCUGGUCGCUGGCCUGUCCGGACUCGCCAAGACGACCAAAUUCAAAUGGUACGGCUGGCCCGGUCUGCAGGUGCCCGAGGAUGAGGUCCAGCACGUCAGGGACCGUCUGGCCGACGAGUUCGAUGCCGUGCCCGUCUUCAUGGACGACGACCUCAGCGAUCGUCACUACAACGGCUUCUCCAAUUCCAUCCUGUGGCCCCUGUUUCACUACCAUCCGGGAGAGAUCACCUUCGACGAGAGCGCCUGGGAGGCCUACGUCCAGGCCAAUCGCUUGUUCGCCCGGGAGAUCGCCAAAGAUGUCCAGGACAACGACCUGAUCUGGGUCCACGACUACCACCUCAUGCUCCUGCCGGCCAUGCUCCGGGAGGAGAUCGCCCGGGCCGGCAAGCGCAGGAACGUCAAGCUCGGCUUCUUCCUCCACACCCCCUUCCCUUCGUCGGAGAUCUACCGCAUCCUGCCCGUGCGGGUCGAGAUCCUCCAGGGCGUCCUCCAUUGCGACCUGAUCGGCUUUCACACCUACGACUACGCGCGUCACUUCCUCUCCUCGUGCGCCCGCAUCCUCCACCUGCCGACCACCCCCAACGGUGUCACCUUCGACAACAAGCUCGUUAGCGUCGGCGCGUUCCCGAUCGGCAUCGACACGGAAAAGUUCGCCACCGGCUUGAAGUCCGAGUCGGUCAUCCGCCGCGUCGAAGCGCUGAAGAAGAAGUUCGAAGACGUCAAGAUCAUCGUGGGCGUCGACCGGCUCGACUACAUCAAGGGCGUGCCCCAGAAGCUCCACGCUCUAGAGGUCUUCCUCACCGACCAUCCCGAAUGGAUCGGCCGGGUCGUCUUGGUGCAGGUCGCGGUGCCGUCGCGCCAGGACGUCGAGGAGUACCAAAACCUCCGGAGCACCGUCAACGAGCUCGUCGGUCGCAUCAACGGCAAGUUCGGCACCAUCGAAUUCAUGCCCAUCCACUUCAUGCACAAAUCCGUCUCCUUCGAAGAGCUCGCCGCGCUCUACAGCCUGUCCGACGUCUGCCUGGUGAGCUCCACCCGGGACGGCAUGAACCUCGUCGCCUACGAAUAUGUCGUCUGCCAGGCCGCCCGCCACGGCGUCCUCAUCCUCUCCGAGUUCGCCGGGGCCGCCCAAUCGCUCAACGGCGCCCUCAUCAUCAACCCCUGGAACACCGAGGAGCUCGCCGAGGCCAUCCACGACGCCGUCACCAUGCCCCCGGACACCCGCGCCCAGAACUACGCCAAGCUCAGCAAAUACGUCGCCAAAUACACCUCCGCCUGGUGGGGCGAGAGCUUCGUCUCCGAGCUGACCCGCAUCUCCGAACAGGCCGAACGCAAGCUCCGCAUGCGCAACGGACCUGCCGGUCCCCACGCCGCCGGGGACGCUUCCGACGGUGACGCGGGCCUCCCCUUGACGCCCGGCACCGAUGCCAUGCUCAUUCCCCCGACACCACCGGCGACCUCGACCUCCAAAGCCCCCGGCGGAAAAGACGUCUCCACCCCGCCCUCUGCGUCAUCGACGAGAUCUGCGUCGGCCGGAGUAAACGGCUCGACGACGACGGCCGAGGAUAAGAAUCAGAACAGCAGCACCAGCAGCACCAGCAGCACCGCCGCCACCGCGCGCAAUCACGCCAACGACCUCCACGCCGAUUAUCACGACGGGACGCUCCGCGCGGAACAUCACCACCACCGCCGCCGUCGUGGCGAUGCUACGGAUGCGGAUGCGGAUGGGGGGCAUCUCGAUGAUCCCAAUGAUGAUGAUACUGACGACGACGACGACGACGGCGGCUUCCUCACCAUGGUCCGCCGUCGCCAGGACUCGAGCGUGGGCGAGGGAGUGAAUGGCGACUAA